CAAGAAGUAAAGGCAGCAGCAGCAGCUGAUUCUGAACACACUAACAAUAAGCCAAUACUAAGAGCAGAGUUUUCAUUCAUUGGGAAUACUAAUGAUGAUCAGGAGCUGUUACUGAAUGGGACCUCAUCUCCCCACCAGAUACACUGAAGAGGAUGAAGCUGCUGGUAGAGACGGCACAAGAGAGUUUCACUCUUUAUGGGACAAAAUUAAAUUAUGGAAACAGCUCUGAAGUCUGGCCAGGACUUCCGUCUCCUUUUCUCUGGCGGAAUGUGGAAAACCUCAAUACUCCUCAUAAUCAUUUGGUUGGGUUGUGCCUGGUUGUAUUACAGAGCUAUUCUAAUUACUACGACAAUCCUUGAGACUGGAUACGAUCCUCACUGUGGAAGUGUCAAUCAGUCAUUAAACUCCGGCUUUCAAAACCUCACAAGUUCCUUUUACUUGAAAAUUAUUUGGACUUCAGUUGCAGAGUUUCCUGGUAUUAUAAUUACGCUGGUUAUAAUUGAAAUCGUUGGAUGUAAUAUUACAAUGGCACUUGAGUUUGUUGGCUGUGCUAUAUUCUUUGGAUUGAUAUUAAUAUGUGUAUCAGAAACUCUGCCAGGAUUAUUCGUUCCUCUGUCUUUGGUCUGAAUGA